GGUUUAGGAUACAACAAUACAAUUUUUUACAGGAAGACGCUCCUCUUACGAGACGCCUUAUUUUCCUAUUUCAUAUAACGGGUUGCAUGUGUCAACUGCUGAUGUUCACCUACAGUUGCGAUUGUCUGAUACGAGACAGUACGAACGUAGCUAAUGCCGCCUACAAAAGCUUAUGGUCGUUUCUACCAAUGGACAAAUAUGGGAAAAUAUUACGGAGAGACUUGGUGUUAAUUAUCAUGAGAUCUAAUAUACCAUGUUGCCUGACCGCUAGUGGAUUCUUCGUCGUAUCACUGGAAACGUAUACUGGAAUUCUAAGUACCGCGGCAUCGUACUUUACGUUGUUGAGAAGUCAUGCAAACGAUAUGUCUUAAACGCAAGUACCAGCAACAUUUUCAAAUAAAGUUCCAAGAACUGUUAAUUUAAAUGUUCAAAAACAUUUAGGUAUUUAUUUAUUUGAUAUUACACAAAAAUAUCAGUUGCUUUGCCUAACCUUUAUUCGUAGGCUGUGUUUUCAGGAAAUGCAGUUACUCCGAUCAAUAUUCGGACACCUUUCGAAACAGAAUAACUUUUUU